GCAAAAUUGUGAGAUUCCUAUUCUAUGCAAACUUGUACUGCAGCAUCCUCUUCCUCACUUGCAUCAGUGUGCACCGCUACCUGGGUAUUUGUCACCCCAUCAAAUCUUUGACUCUCAUAAAGCCCCGUCAUGCCCAUCUGGCGGGGCAAUGAUACGCUUUGUCAUGACACAACCAGCCAGGAUGCCUUCAACGAGUAUGUGGACUACAGCUCUGUCGUCAUGGUGCUUCUGUUUGGGGUCCCCUUCACUGUCAUUGUGGUGUGCUACUGCCUCAUGGCCAGGUCACUUUGCAGACCCCGAGUGGGAUUAUCUGCUAGCCAACAAGGAAAUGUCUCUCGUCAGAAGUCUAUUAAACUAAUUAUAAUUGUGCUGGUGGUCUUUGCUGUCAGCUUUGUUCCCUUUCACAUAACAAGGACCCUUUACUACACCUCCCGUGUGCUGGAUGCCAACUGUGAAUUCCUCAAUAUUGUCAACUUCACGUACAAGAUCACGAGACCAUUAGCCAGUGUCAACAGUUGCAUAGACCCAAUUGUAUAUUUUCUGGCAGGUGACCGCUACCGCUCCAAACUCAUGACUGUUCUGACAGGAAAAAGACAAACCCUAAGUAGCCAGGUCCAACAGCAGAGUCAAAUGCAACCACAAAACAAUAUUGCUAUGAACUCACAAAAUACAAUGGACAAGGAGGCAGCGACAAUGGCGAGCUAGACUUACACCUUAUUUUUAUGAUGCAUUUUUAUAACAUAAUAUAGCCAUUUGCACUGAACUACUAUGGAACAUGUAUUUUAUUUAUAACAAUUAUUUAACACAUUUCUCACAUCUCUAGCUAGUGUUUAUAUUAAUACUUUUACAUUAUAAUGAGAAAGACUUUUACAUGAGCUGGUUUAAAUCCUGUCUAUAAGCAAACAUAUAAACACUGUAUUAUGCUUCCUGCUUCUUCUAAGAUUUUGGUGUUUCCCAGAAAGCUCGGCUCCAGGCCCCAGGUGUUUUUGUUCUUCACCUCUGACAGCUGAUCAGUUCAGCAUAUUUUCUUUUUCAGUCAAGUGUUUCCCUUUUCUCUUUUGCCUUUGGGGCCAGCUAUUUUUUGUAAUUUGUUAUCUGACUUUUUGCAUAAUUUGAAAAUGUGUAAUGAUCUGUUUGCAUUGUAGAUUCCCACUGAACAUUUCAAAACUAUGAAUGAACACAUAUUGAAUGUAAUAAACAAAAAAUAAACUCAAAAUA